GUAGAAGUAGCGGUACGACCUUGCGACACCAUCACCACCGAUGACAACAUAUCGAUACUUUCGACACUGCAAUCAUUAGCUUAAAUAAAGAACAAAAAUAAAUCAGCGUUAGCAUGUCAAUGAUACUAAGGCGGAACCUAGGGGCAUCCUGGUUGCUCAAGGCAUGCUACAGUUCCAGCGCAAAACCGGUGGACUCGGCCAAAACAAUUCCCAGUAACCUGCUCGAGGAUAAGCAAACGGCCGUUCUGCAAAAGGAGAACGGCGCUAUCUUCGACAAGCGCCCCUUCAAGAUCCACCUGGACAAAGAUAAAACAUACAGCUGGUGCCUGUGCGGCAAGUCCAAGUCUCAGCCCCUCUGCGAUGGAAUGCACAAGAACGAGUUCCUAAAGAUCAAGCAGAGGCCCAUCCGGUUCAAGGUGGAGAAGUCGGGAGACUACUGGCUCUGCAACUGCAAACAGACCACCCACAGACCCUUCUGCGACGGCACCCACAAGCAGCCACACAUCCAGAGCGCCGUCAAAUAGAUUUAGGAUUGAUUGAUUGUAGGGCCCUGCCCGUGUGCGAAAAUGAGAAAUGCAUUAAUUUUGAAUCAA